AUGUUCAGAAGCGCUGAUGUCCGCAACCUGAGCUUCCCUGAGAUACCUUUUAUCUCUGUAAAUUGCUCCGAAGGAAGCCUCAUCCCGAUAGAUGACAACAUCCUUGCAAACCUUACUGCAAGCUAUUUCUACAUCCACGCUCCAAACCUGAUCACAAUUGACGGAAUGAGAAGUUUUGUGAAGAAUUUGGCAAGUAGGAAGCAAAAGGUCGAACAUGGAUGA